GCCUCCCCCUCCCCGUAGGUCAUCAUGCCUGGCUACUGUGUGCAGGGCACUGUGGGCCACAAGAUCCUCAGUGGGCAGCGCAAGCUGGAGAUGGAGGGACGGCAGGUGCUGGAGGUGAAGAUGCAGGUGGAGUACAUGUCAUUCAGCGCCCACGCGGACGCCAAGGGCAUCAUGCAGCUGGUGGGACAGGCAGAGCCAGAGAACGUGCUGCUGGUGCAUGGUGAGGCCAAGAAGAUGGAGUUCCUGAGACAGAAGAUCGAGCAGGAGUUCC